GAUUACACGAAAUAUCAUUACAUAAAAAUAUGUAGGAUGUUACUUUGUCAACCCUGUUUCUCUCCAAACAAAAUAUUCAUGGUUAAGAUUCUUUAACUCUAAUAUUGGACGUUAAAAUGGUACAGAAAACUACUAUUCUAAAAUUAGAAGAAACUCUGCCCCUUAAAUCUCUCCACUGCUCUCCUCUUGGCCUACGCAAUUUCGUAACCACAAAAAGACAAUAUGGGGCUAAAGACUUCCAUUUCCUUGUUUCUUCUCAUCUUCCUCUUCUGUCUCUUCUCUUCCUCUGAUGUCCAUGCCAAACCGUCUCCCGGUCCUGCUUCCGCCCCCAUUUCCAGCCUCGCUCCAUCACCCUCCAGAGCAAACGAUGGCUUCUCGCGAUACGCCCAGACCCAGCCCUUCGACCCGCAGGACAUUGACAAAAUAGACGCAGCUCCCAUGCUCAAAAGUAUUUGCGCCGAUACCGACCACCCACCGGAGUGCAUUGCCACUCUCAUCCCCUACGUGAGAGAAGACAAAAACUUCGAACCCACUUCAGUCCUCGAAGCCGCAGUGCAAGCCACAACCGACCAAGCCCAGGAAGGCCUUGCUCUGGCAAAGAAGAUACACGGAGAUCCUUCGUCCGCUUCCCAACCCAUCCUCAAAUCCUGCCUUGACGCUUGUAUCAUCAGCUACUCGAGCAUCAUCCACAGCAACCAGAAGAUCCUCGACGCCAUCGCCGCCGCGGACAUUUACACGUUAAACACCGAGCUCGGCGCCAACAUCGACAACGUGGAUGCCUGUGAGGACGCGUUCGAUGCAGCUGAAAUUGAAUCGCCUCUAGCCCAUGUAGAUGAUGUGCUUGGGAAGAUGGUUAGCAACAAUUUGGCCAUAGGCAUCGACCUGAUAAAAUUCUAAAAGAUUAUAUACAAAAUCUCAAAAUUAUACAUCAGAAAAACAGUUUUUUUGUAAGAUCAAAAAAAGGGGGUGUGAGGA